AUGGCAUCUUCCAACUUGCUUUAUCUCAUCCUACUCUUCGUCGACGCUGCCUUCACCUUCAUCCUCAGCAUCGCCACCUACUCGGGUGUGCCCGUCUACGAGUGCAUCAUCAACAAUGUUGCCGUCAUGAGAAGACGUUCCGACAGCUGGCUCAAUGCCACCCAGAUCCUCAAGGUCGUCGGUCUCGACAAGCCCCAGCGUACGCGUGUGCUCGAGCGAGAAAUUCAAAAGGGCGUCCACGAAAAGGUUCAGGGCGGCUACGGAAAAUACCAGGGCACCUGGAUCCCGCUCGACGUUGCCAUCGAGCUCGCAGAACGCUACAACAUCCUUGCAUUGCUCCAGCCUAUCACCUCCUACGUUCCCUCCUCAACCGACUCGCCACCGCCCGCACCCAAGCACACCAUCUCCACCUCCAACCGCACUAAAAAGGUCCUCCCCGCCGAUGCAGGCGCCCUUGGCCGUUCGCGCCGCGCCACCAGCAUCGAGACCGAGUCCGAGGUCAUCGGCGCCACCCAGAACAACGCUUCCGAAGGCAGCAUGAGCCCUUCUCCUAGCGACAUCAGCAGCUCGUCCCGCACCCCGAGCCCUUUGCCCGCCGACCGCGCCAACCCUCUCUACGCCAACCAGGCCGCCGCCGCGGCAGGCUACAAUGGUCGCGAAGCCAACAACCAGGCCAGAUACGCCGACAUCAUCCUCGACUACUUUGUCACCGAAAACACCACCGUCCCCUCGCUCCUCAUCAACCCGCCUCCCGACUUCAACCCGGAUAUGAGCAUCGACGACGACGAACACACCGCGCUUCACUGGGCUUGCGCCAUGGGUCGCAUCCGCGUCGUCAAACUCCUGCUCUCCGCCGGCGCAGACAUCUUCCGCGUCAACACCAACCAGCAGACCGCACUCAUGCGCGCCACCAUGUUCUCCAACAACUACGACCUCCGCAAGUUUCCCGAGCUCUUCGAACUCCUCCACAGGUCCAUCCUCAACAUUGACAGGAAUGACCGCACCGUCUUCCACCACGUCGUCGACCUCGCGCUCAGCAGAGGCAAGCCCCACGCUGCGCGCUACUACAUGGAGACCAUGAUCAACCGCCUCGCCGACUACGGAGAUCAGUUGGCCGACAUUCUCAACUUCCAGGACGAUGAAGGCGAGACUCCGCUCACCAUGGCCGCGCGCGCUCGAUCCAAGAGGCUGGUCAGGCUGCUGCUGGAGCAUGGCGCCGACCCUAAGAUCCGCAACAAGGAGGGAAAGAACGCCGAGGACUACAUCAUCGAGGAUGAACGCUUCCGAUCCUCGCCCUCGCGCACCGGCCCGGCUGGCAUCGAGCUCGGCGCCGACGGUCUGCCCGUGCUUCCCACUUCAUCGCUUCACACUUCCGAGGCGGGACAACGCACAGCGGGCCGUGCCGUCACGCUGAUGAGCAAUCUCCUGCACAGCCUGGCCGACAGCUACGACAGCGAGAUCAACACGGCCGAGAAGAAGCUCACGCAGGCGCAUGGCUUGCUCAAGCAGAUCCAGACCGAGAUCGAGGACAGCGCCAAGGUCGCCGAGGGUCUUCACCACGAAGCCAAGGGCGUCGAGGAGGAGCGCAAACGUGUCGAUUCGUUGCAGCUCGCGCUCAAGCACGGCAUCAACAAACGUGCACGCGACGACCUCGAACGUCGUUGGGCCGAGGGCAAGGAGGCGAUCAAGCGUGCGCGCUUGCAGGCUGGUCUCGAGCCCGGUGCUCUGUCUGCUAGCAACGCGGGUAACGCUCCUGCUGCCGAUGCUGCUGCGGUGGAUGGUGGAAAGAAGCUCGUCGAGGGUCUGCCUGCGGGCACAGACGUCAAGACGGCGAUUGCGGAUCUCAAGAAGCAGCUGGGCGAAGUGCAGGGUAGGAAGACGGAGUUGGUGGACACAUUCGUGACGCGCGCAAGGGAGCAAGGUACGGGACGGACUAUGGCUGCGUACCGGAGGCUGAUCGCGGCGGGUUGUGGUGGCAUUGCGCCGGACGAGGUGGAUGCAGUGGUGGGUGUGCUGUGUGAGCUCUUGCAGGAGGGCCAUGCGGGUGGUGCGGGUGGUGUAGGAGGAGAGGGAGAUGAUAGGGCGAGGGAUGUGGCGAUGAUGUUGAAGGGUGCUGGUGCUGCUGCACUUGCUGCUAAUGCGGGUGCUGCGUAG